AUGCCACGCUUUACAGAAGGUACUGGAAUUCCAAUCCGUAAUGUACAAGAUGUGCUCGGAGCGCCGAAAGCACCCCUUGUGCCUGACCACAUCCGCGUUAAGAACCGGCGGAAGCGGUACUUAGAUACGCACCCGGAAUACUUUGGCCCGCAGCUUGAGCUCGCAGAUCCAUUGUUGUAUGACCGCCUGGUACGCAGAUUCCAAACGCCUGCGGAACGCGAGGCCGAAGGACGACAGAAAGGUUACUCUGGUAUUCUCGAGGCCGAUAUCUACCGCAGCGAGGCCAAACUCGAUGCACUACGACACCCUGACCCGAACAGCAUGUUCACGUAUAAAAGAGGGCUCAACGGCGAGAUUCUCGCAGAAGAGCGCGACGAAGUGCCUGCGAAUAAGGAGGACGGGUAUGCACGAUGGCGAUGGGAGAUGGAAACUAGAUUCAUGCGAGGAGGCGAUGAUGACUUCGACUACUCGACGGUCGACGACAAUCCCGAGUAUGAUGACAGAGCGAUAGAAGAGCAGGAUGCCGAAGACAGAUAUUUUGAUGCCCAAGAGCCGGAGUUUCUAGUCGAGUCCAACGAAGAGAACUCACAAAGUCCGGGUAAGGUAUUGCAAGGCGAGACUGGCAUUCAAGACUUUUGA